AUGGCGUCUCCGUUAUCGACGUCGUCCAAUCGUUCGAAAUUGUCGCUACCUGACAGUGAUCACUCGAGCACGGUGAUUAUGUUGACGCCUAGGACUGACGCGUUACCUGCCCCUCGCCGCUGGCAAACCCAACCUGUGCCCCGGUCGCACCACGUCCUGGGCUACCUCAUAACCAAAGCUAUGACUCGCCGCUUUUACGAUAACUGCUCCCGCGGGAGUACGAACCUGGAGAGCGUCCUCGUUUAUGUGGACAAGGACCGCAUGAAGAUGGGCGAAGUGCUGGUGCUGGCGGACAAUCGGGGACGGCUCCCGAAACAUCGAGUGCCACCCCCGCCCGACGCGGUCGACAAGAUUGCCGACGACUUGGGUCUUGAAGGCGACGCCCGCGAGCCUAUUUGGUACAAGUGUGUUGACUGA